CACCCAGCACACCGUCAGUGCACGCUGGCUCGUCGCGCCGGUCGCAUCGUUCUCUCUUUUCUGUGUCCAGUUUGACAGCUGUACAGCCUUCUUGGCAUCCCUCCCAAUUUUCCCUUUUACGCUAAUACUUUUCAAAUCUCCUUCGUGUGUACCUUCGAAUCGAUCGGCAAGCACAAGAUCUAUAUAUAUCGCGAGCCGGAGAUCGAAAUCGCUAGAUAGAGAUUCGAGGAGUGGAAGUGGAAGCGAUCAGGAUGCCGGCGGACGCUGAGCUCAGUAAUCUGCUUAGCAGGAGGCAGAGGAUCAACGAGGAGCUCGAGGAAGGGAAGGAGGUGAAAAAGCAGUACAAAUUCGUCAACGUUUACACGGAGUUCCACGAGCUGUCCCGCCGCGAGAUCAAACAGUACGAGGAGACCUUCAACAGGUUUGACGCUGGCCACGAUGGUUUCUUGGAUUUAGCAGAGCUGAAGCGCAUGAUGGAGGUCUUGGGAGCGCCGCAAACUCACCUCGGUUUGAAGGCAAUGAUACAGGAAGUGGACGAGGACGGCGACGGACGGAUCUCCUUCCGCGAGUUUCUACUGAUCUAUCGUAAGGCACGUGCUGGCGAAUUGGAACAGGAUUCUGGGCUGGGUCAGCUCGCACGUCUUACCGAGGUCGACGUGGACGAAGUAGGAGUGACAGGGGCUAAACACUUUUUCGAGGCCAAGAUCGAGCAGCUGCGGAAGUCAAGCAAAUUCGAGGAUGAGAUCCGCAUGGAGCAGGAGGAGCGAAAACGGGAAGAAGAGGAGAAGGCGGCGAGGCGAGCGCAGUUCAGGCAAAAGGCGGCGCUGUUUGGCAAUUGAAAGGGAAAUUUCACAGCUCUCCCCGUCUCUCUGUGCUUCAGCAGAAUUACGAACGACGCACUUGAAUUCAGUUCACGCCGGUUCCCGACAGAAAUUGCCCGGCCAACACAAUCGCGUAGAUCGGUCGUAGUUUUGCAAUUUUAUGUAACGCUGAAAUCAGCAAACAGGUUUCUCAUUAUCCUCCGAUCCUCGUUUCAAUGGAGGCAGGCGAAAAAAAGUAUGAUAGGGUCGUCGUGUUCUCUGAUUUUUAUAGAGGAGCAAUUUUUUCUUAAAUUCACCGGCGUGCUUUUCCUACGAGAAAAUUGAGGAUGUUAAUUAAGCAGGCUACUGUUGCGAAUUAAUAAUUAUUUUAAAAUAUCUCGUUUUAAUCGUAAUCGGUCAGGAAGUUUGAUAAAAACUGACUUAUCGUAUUUUUUACAGUGUUUGUUUUAAGUUAAUUGAGAGUAGUUUUAAUGAGUCCACGUAGCGACGUUUUUUUUUUUAAGUUAAUUUUAAUACCUGCGCAUUGCCAGAUCGUGAGAGAUUCGCGUGUUAUUUAAAAAAGGACAAACAAUUUGCGUAUUCUGCAUUGUAAACAAUUAAACGCGAGUCGUUUCAUUCGAGAAUGAUUUGGCAAUGUGUUAAAUUCUUUUAAUUCUCGAAAAUCAUCUUCUCUUUCUUUUUCAAUCAUAUUACUAUGCAUGAGAGAUAAUCAAUUGCAAAAAUCGACAUCAUUUGUCAGAGGUGUGAUUUACACUUUAUGCUUUAUGUGAGCAUCGCUCGCUUCUUUCUAUUCCUUUUAUUUCUUUUUUAAUCCUCUGGAUUGAAAGCGAAUACUCCACGCACCUGAAAUUAUUGAGAAUGUUAGAAAGACAGAUGGAAAUAUUUUUUAUUGAGAAAAGGAGAGUUUACAUUGAAUGAAGCGGGAUUGCAAACGAAUUUUUAAUGAAAUGCACGACUGACACCGAUAUACCGAUAUAUUACAUGUAUAUGUAUGUACAUUAAUUUAUAUGAUUUAUUUGAUAUUGCGUGUGAAGAUGAGAAGAAAACAUUUCGCAACAUGCGUCCGAUCGAUGAGUUUCUUUCAAUUUUCUUUCGAAAUAUACGAAUUGUUGAUCCAUCAAAUUUUUGCGAAAAAUUUUUUGCAGUUCUUUCGCCGGAGAGAUUUUUAAUAUUUAGCGUAGCGAGAACAUCGACGAUAUUUUUUUUAUCGAUCCAAGUGGUCUGAACGAUCGUGGGAUAGCGUGCAAUUUUACAAUGUUCCGUUUCGAAUUGAUCAAAAACGUAAAGCAAUUGAAAAUUAUUUUUAUACGAUUUUUGUACAUGCGUUUCGGGGAAAAGGAAAGUUACUACGAUCAUGUAUAUGAUUGUUGCGAACUGUACAUAGAAAGUAUAUAGCGCAAAUAAGUUUGUAAAAUUAUAGAUUGUAAAUAAAUCUUUUUGUUCUGAUAAA